UCACUCACCAGGACAGGUAUAUUGACCACUGCGUUUUGAGGAAAAAGCAACCACCGACUGAGGAAACAUGGGAACUAGCACAUGGAGACUGGGACACAAAUAAAGAGCCAUUUUUGGAGGAUUCUAGAUUAAAUCAUUUGAACGCCUGAAGAUUGGUGUCUGUGGAUUUAAACUUUGGCUUUUCUCCAUUUUUUGAGUAAACAAUAAAAUUGUAAUUUCUUUUUUGAUUUUAGAAAAUGGGUUGCUCUCCAUCAAAAGGACAGUUAUUUUCAAAGCAAGAAGACCUUGAAACUCAUGUAGUUCAGCUGACUGAAGCUCUACAGGACAGUCCUGAUUCUUAUCCAGUAGAGGUAGAGCAAAAUAAUCGGACAUCCAAUGAUAAAAUAAGUGAACUUUCACUUCCCACUGAAGAACAUCAUUCAAAAGAAACUACAUGUUUUCCGCUGUCCUCCAACACAAUGGCUGUCCAAAACAUUGAAGACACUGGAAAAGCCGAGGUAAAUGUCACGCCACAAGAAAUAUUCAAUAAUGUUGUACAAACAGAUGAGCUUAAAGUGGAGAAACAAAAGAAAACAAAAGGAUCGUCUACUGAAAAACAGAGGAAGUCGUUUAACUUUCCACCAGAAUUGGUGAGGGCUCACCAGGCAGCUUACAUGUUUCUGAACCCAAACAUCUCCAGAUACGAAACCCUGUUAAGCCUGCUUGAUCAGGCCUCACGGACCCAACUGUCCCUCAAGCCCAUGAUGUCUGCUUUAGUGUUGUGCUUCAAAGAGCUAAACCAGGCACUAGAGGAGAUGGCUGAAGAGGGGGAACUGAUGUUAAAGGAGCACGGGGACAACAUAGCCUUGUAUUCUGGAAUGGGCUCACGUUUUGUGUCAUCUGAGCCUAAUACUGACACAGCCAAAAAUCCUGAUCCAUCUCCAGAUCUUUUACUGCGAAUGCUCCAAAAUUCAACAGAAAAAAUGAGGGGAGUGGGAAGCGCAGUCCAGACAGUGAGUGACACUGCACUUGAAGAAGCAGUGGAGUAUUUUUCUUCUCUCUCCAAACUGCUAGUUGAGAGACUGCAAGCCAAGAACACAGUUGAGCAGAGGCUAACUCAAGUGCUUACACAGAUAGAGACAGCGGUCAUGUGGAAGUCUAACCCAGAAGAUUGUGCUCUGCACAGUGAGGACAGUGGUAUUGGUGCAGAGAAUGAGAGUCUGACAGGAUCUCAGAGGCAAAACCGCCACCGUGGUAGUGCUGGAUCAGGAAGUUGCGGGUCUGGAGUCAACAUUCAUGCUACAUUUGAGCAUCUUCCCAGUAAUUUGUCGAAUUUGGAAAGCCAUAACGAGGAUAAUGAAGAGGGCAAGUAUAAUCAAGAGUAUGAAAAUGAUAAAAGUGACUGGGCUGGAAGAAAGAGGUCAAACUCUUUACCACCAAAUCUAAGUCAGGCACUAUGCUGUAUGCAGAAUAAGAAACCUAGAGUUAAACGUCCUGCUACUGCUGUGACUGUAACCAAGUCUAAACACUAUUCAUCCACUACAUGUGUAAACUUAAUGAACGAACUGCAAAAAAGUCAAAAGGACAUUGAUCGCAGAAUGAAUAAGAAAGCUGAAAUCCAACAAAACAAAGACUUGGGAGGUUCUAAUUAUAAUUUAUAUAGAGCCAGACUUAGACAAAAUUCAUUAAAUUCUUCAGUAGGUACAUACAAAAGUCCUUUGAAAACAAAUCAACCACUAGAUUUCUUACCAAUGAUAGCACCAAAACCACCAAAAUGCCACUCUGUCAGAAGGCUAAUAAAUUCCUUUAGCCAAGUGCUUGAUGCAAGACCAGAACAGAGUCAUGUUAACGUUCCACCACUUACUGGGAAGAUCAAGAAAAGUGUGAAUCUUCUGUUGUCUGAUGCAGUAAACGCUAGUGAAAGGAGUUUAGUCAUAAAUGGAAACAAUAACAACAGCUUGUCUGAUAUGAGAGAUGAUCUGGAUAUGGACAACCUACCACCUCCACCCCCUGAAGUUCUGAUGGACAAAUCAUUUCAGAGAACUGACAAUUCACCAGUAAAUGUGGAUGGGUCACAGGAAAAUUCAUUUCCGAGUCUUCCAAUUAUAAACCAAAAGACAGGCAUCACCCAAAGUCUGAAGAUAUCCAUGCAUAAAACUGAUGUGCCAAAUCGACCGAAUGUGAGGCCAAGAAUGGUUAAUUUCUCACCCUGCUGUCCUGUUAGGGAAGAUGUAGAUGCAGAGCAGCAACAAGACACAAAUGUGGAUACAGAAAUUGACAAAACUAACAGUCGUUACCAACAGGCAUGUAAGAUCAUUCACCUGCACAAUGCAGUAGAAUCUCCUAACAAGAGAGCUAUUUCUGAACCAGGCCGCAAAGGGCCUUCAUGCCUUCAAGACAGAAUUGACUAUAAAUGUGAAAGCAAUGAAUUUAAUGAAAGGGAAACAUUCUCAUACGGACUGUCUGUGACAACACCACCUGUGUCUAGAGUCCGCCUACCACCAUCAUGUCCCACUGUGUUCAGACCUCUGUCCAUCUAUAAGCUACCAUCUCGCCCUAGUUCUCCAAGGGCAGUGCCAUGUCCUACACAUGACAAUCCUAUAGAAAUUACUCCAUUUUUGUGCUUUCAAGAUGCUCGCUCAGUCUUCUGUCAAAAUGAGUCACAAAACUCUCAGGCAUGCCUCUCCUCCCGAGGCAGGAUACUUACCAGAGAGAGAACCAGCUCUACCCGUCGCACCCAGUCAGAACCGAAGCAUGGUUUAUCUACUCAUACAGAGUUUUCCAAACAUGGCAGUUUGGAAUUUACUCAGACCAAGGAGAAUGAACCUGGUGUCACAAAAUAUAGGACGGCGAUGAUAGGCGACAAUGCCCAAAAGGAACCAAGUGCAGCUGUGUUGACAGCCUAGGGCAUAUUUUUGACAGGCUGUGGUUUUUGAAACAAAAUAUGAGGCCAGAAUGUUGAUAGGAAUUACAGGGCUGUGAGCAGUUCUCUUAGGUUUAACCCUUUGUACUAGUUUGUUCCAAUAAUGUGAUUUCAAUACAGUAUGUAUAUGAUAUAAAUUCAAGUGAAUCAUACCUAAUCAACACUCAGUGUUGAGCCCAUAAUCUAUCAUACAUUUGCUUUAUGUUACACAUAAUUUUGUUAAAGUAGCCAUGAACACUUCUAACUCCCCCAAACUGAACCAGUUAACUAUUGAAACUAUGAGCUGAGAAUUUUCCUGAUAUACAUUUGCUUUAUGUCUUUGUUAACCAUGUUUUCUAUUUUAGUUCUGUCUCAAUAAAAGAUAAAUGUGAAAAAAAAAUGGUUUAUCACAUUUGCUCCUAAAUGUUUUUAUCUGUGUUGUGCACAACUGUAUGUUAACAGUAUAGUGUUAAUUAAUUACACUGAAAAAGACAUGACACGUCUAAAAAUGAGGUUCCCAGGUUUAAUAGAGGUUGUGUAUUUUAAAUUUGAAGUCUUAAGCACAGGCAGAGAUAAAUCAUGUCAUUUUUUUUCCCUUAGCAAUAGAAAACAUGAGUAGUGCUCUCCAUGAUUGUAAAAGGCCUUUAAGGUGGUGAAGCACUUUAAUGGUAACAGGGCAUGUACAUGCUGAACAGAACAGCAACACUUGUGGUCUAAAACUCCUUAAACUAAAACAGACACCAUUUUUUUUGUUGUUUUUUUUAUUCCUUUAUUUAACCAGAUAAGUCUUACUGAGAUAUAGGAUCUCUUUUUCAAAAGCGACCUGGCCAAGAAGCAGCAGAAUAUUACAGUAUUAAAAGUAUUACAAAUAACAAUCUGGAGAUAGAAAUACAUAGAUAGAUAAAAUGAAACAUCAGAGAUAGAUUAAAGAAAUGUAACAUCUGAUUUAAAGAAUUUCGACAAAGCUUUCUAGGGGGAUCAGGUCCGGCAAUUGUAAUUCAUCUUGCAGGGAGUUCCAUGCAGAGGGAGCAGCAUAACGAAAUCCCUUUUUCCCCAAUUCUGUAAAGACACGAGGGACAGUCAGAGUAAAGAACACAGUGGAUCGUAGGUUAUAACGUCCAUAGUUCCUAACAAGAUGAAUUCCAAGAUAGGAUGGGACCAUACCAAGUAGAGCUUUGUAAAUAAAAGUUAACCAAUUUGUAAGUCUUCUGACAGGGAUGACCAUUCAGCUUUUUUUAUAUAAAGUGCAGUGACGGGUCAGAUUCCAAGAAACUGCAUGCUCAGAUAAGCUUGUGCAAUAUAUCAAUCAGGAUAUUAUGAUCAACAUUGUCAAACGCCUUGGACUGGGGGCGGCUUUGGCUCAGAAGGUAGAGCGGGUUGUCAAUGAACCGAAGGGUUAGGUUCAAUCCCCCGAGUGUGCCAUAUGCCGAAGUGUCCUUGAGCAAGACCCAUUUGCUCCCAGUGCAACUGGCACUGGUGUGUGUGCUUGUGUGAAUGAAUGGGUGAAUGUGUUUCUGACUGUAAAAGCGCUUUAAGUACCUUUGGGUGGGUAGAAAAGCGUUAUAUAAGAGCAAAACCAUUUACUAUUAAGAAGGCUGAGAUUGUACAAAAUUGAUAAGGGCUCAGCAAUGAAGUCCGCAGCCAACUUAAGAAAGAUUUCUUUGGGUCCAGAAGUAUCAACUCUCUAGAUACAUCAGUAGCUGAUAUAGUAAGAAACUGAAACGGGGCUUUCACAUUUCUUUUAAAUACAGGGUCACACAAUGAAAAUGCAACAAACAACACCAAAAGCAAUGUCACUGUAACAGUUACAAGUCAGAUUACCCAGUAGAGGACAAAGGCUAGCUUCUGGAGGCUAGCUGUCACAGAGCUGAUGGGGGCCAGCCGCCAGAGGCCAGCCACCACAGGGCCGAUACUGGUUAGCAGCUGGAGGCUGGCUGUUAGAGGCUAGCUGCAGGAGGCUAGCCACUGUAGGCUAGCAGGCUGGGUGCUGGAAGCUAGCUGCUGGAAGCUAGCUGCUGGAGGCUAGCCACUGUAGGCUAGCUGCUGGAGGCUAGCUGCUGUAGGCUAGCUGCAGGAGGCUAGCCACUGUAGGCUAGCUUCUUGAGGCUGGCUGCUGGAGGCUAGCAGGCUGGGUGCUGGAAGCUAGCUGCUGGAAGCUAGCUGCUGGAGGCUAGCUGCUGGAGGCUAGCUGCUGGAGAGGCUAGCCACUGUAGGCUAGCUGCUGGAGGCUAGCUACUGGAGGCGAGUUGCUGCAGAGCUGCUGCAGGGCUUCUGUAGGCUAGCCACUGGAGGCUAGAUGCUUUUUAUUUUUUUUAUUUUUUUUUUUAUGUGCGCUUGUUGUGACUUCCUGUUGCGAGUAUGAAGGUUGCAGUUUGAAGGUGUACUUUAUGACAAUGUAUUUCGACUUUUUUUCAUGAAAUUUCAACCUUUUUCUCAAAGUGCAUGAUGAAAAAAAAUCUACCUCCUCAAAUUUUUUAACUUAAUGCUCUCCUGUAGUUCUCUGUUGUGUGACUUUGUCUUUUCCUUAUUUCUCUUCUCUUAUUAUUGAGGACUUUACGAUGUGUAAAACAGCUCCCCUUCAAAUGUUACAUGCCAAAGACUAAUAUUGCACUGUUGCUGGAAUUGAGGCAGAUUUGGGUGAGAUGAUUAAUCAAUCAGGUGAGGUUGCUGUCAUGAUAUUCCUCACCUGUGAUUCACCAGGACUGUGUCAAGGGAAGCCAGACCAUAGAUGCCCUUUUACUUAACAUUGAAUGAAAUAACACAAGAUUAGAAAGUUUGUGACAUUUCAUUAGCAGAAUUAGCAAACGCAGCAAUAGAGGAUUUGGUUAGUAUUUAGUAAAAACUAUUUUACAAAAUUGCCUCUACAGUUUCUCUUUGCGUGAAUGAAUGCUAUUUUUAUGAUUGGUAGUAGUGGUUGUGCAUUUGAGUGAGUAGUUAAGUAAAGUCAAGAUGACAAUUCAUGUGUGUGUGUUUAAGACCCAGUGAAAGGACACUGUGCACUAGCUCAUUCUAUUACAUGAAAUAGUGACACAUUUCAACACACCCUUUUAAUGUCCACCAUGCCCCUAAAAAGCAUAUAGAUUAGAAUUCUUGUCUCACUUGGCUUCCUUAAAAAAAUCCCCACACCUAACCACUGAUUACAAGGUAGUAGAGAUCAAACUGAUCUUGGAUUUUGAUAUAACUUGCGACUUAUCGCCAUCUGCUGGCCUGCCUUAUUGGAUUCCUUUCUUUGUUUCCUCUCAGGUGUGCUGACUGGAGCUGCUGCUGAGCAUCAGCAAAGGAAGACUUACCAUUAGGCAAACAUAGGCAAUUGCCUGGGGCUAAGUAUGCUAGAUGUUAUUCUGAUAAGUGUGACACCGUGAUGUUAAAUAAGCAUUAUUUUAGUAAUGUUUUGUUUUCAUUAAAGUGUAGGGGAAACACGUUAUUAAACAAUUAAGUGUAAUAACUGCACUCCUCGAAAGGGGGCACGACUCACAGAUUUAGAAUACACUGAGAUAAAUCAGUUAAUAUUCAAUCAAUAUUAAUUAUUAGUAAUUAAAAUUUUCUGGAAUUUUGCUGCAAAGUUUAAUUAAAACAAAUGACAAACAUUAUCAUUCCGGAACAUCGCGGCAAUGAUUCUGUGUCAAUAAGGCCUUUAAAUAUAUAGAGUAUGGCGACGCAAGCAUACAAAUAAUCACCAACAAAAAUGUUAGAACACAGCUCAAAACAAUAUUAGGAUCCAGUUACUCACAUUUAAAGACAAGAACAUAUAUAGCUCACACACAGUUGAAAUGAUCACACACAAACCACAACUAGAUCAAAGCAGCACAUUAGAGAUCCUCAGUGGGGGGGGGGAUUUGAUUUGGCCUCGCACAGCUGCACCAUAAUAUAUGUAGGGGAAAUAAGUUAUUAAACAAUUAAGUGUAAUAACUGCACUCUUCAAAAGGGCGGACCACUCACAGAUUUAGUAUACAGGGCAACAGCGGGUUGUCCAUGAACCGAAGGGUUAGGUUCAAUCCCCCGAGUGUGCCAUAUGCCGAAGUGUCCUUGAGCAAGACACUGAACCUCCAGUUGCUCCCAGUGCAACUGGCAAUGUGCGUGUGUGCUUGUGUGAGUGAAUGAGUGGAUGUGUCUCUGACUGUAGAAGCGCUUUGAGUAACUUUGGGUAGGUAGAAAAGCGCUAUAUAUUUACCAUCAUAUCUGAGGCGUCAGCUCAUGUGUUUCGAGCUUACAAGGACCUUCUGAAAUAUAUGGUUUAUUUACAAUGGUUAAUAGUGAACAAUAAACAAUAUGAUGAAUAAUAUAACAGAAUAAUGGAAAAUGAUGAGAAUACGGAAAUUAAUGAGUUUAACAAAGGUGAGAAGUAUGAACGAAAAUGAGGACGCAAACGGAACCUAAUUUCUUAAAUGAAUUAUUUAGAUUAGUUUCUUUAGUUAUAACAGAUCAUCAACUCUGCUCAAAUAUGAAGGUGAUGGUCUACUUAUGGAAACUCCUUGGAUGCCGCUCUGAACAACUGGACCAGGUGACCAUUGAUUUGGCAUGAUUAUAAACUGAGAUUGAUUUAGCAUAGGUCCAUAUAUUUUCCCACUUAGCAGUGUUGAUUGUGACAGACAGUUCUUUCUCCCACUUUUCUCUGAACUCUUGUAAAGCCAUGGAUGGAACAACGUACAUGGCUCUAUAAAGUAGACUACUAGACAUUUUCGUAACUGUUUCAAACAACACCUUCUCAAGUGGAGAUGUGUCAGGGUUAUCAAUUUAAGUCGUGCUGUGUACUAUAUAAUGUCUUAUCUGUAAAUAACGAAAAAAGUCACGCCUGGGGGUUUUGUAUUUCUCAUUGAUAUGUUCAAAUGACAUUAAUGUAUUUUCAGUAAAUAAAUCUUUUAACAUGAUAAUACCACUGUCUAAAGCCAGCAUCAAGUAGUCCUGCAUGGAAAUCAGGAUUAUUCAGAAUAGGAGUAAAAGCUGACGUCAGUUUUGACAUCCCCCCCCCCCCCCUAAAAUUCUUAAUAAACAGCAUGUCUCUUAAUGGAAAUUUUGAAAGGGAGGAUUCAAUAUCUAGCCAGACAGAGGUCGUCUUAUUUAAGAUCCAAUCAUAAAUGUAUCGUAAAUGAGCACACAACUGGUACCUUCUAAAAUCAGGUAAAUCUAACCCUCCCUCAGAGCUUGGUAACUGCAGAAUAGCCAUUUUUAACUUUGGUUUGCAUUUGCUCCGUAUAAAUGAGCUGAGCCAACUGUUUAGUUUUUUCACAACCUUAUUUGAAAACAGUAUCGGAAUCAUCUGAACAGGGUAAAGUAAUCUAGGCAAUAUGUUCAUCUUAAUCAAAGCUAUACGUCGUAGCCAGGAUAUUGGCAGAGAAUUCCGACGCUCUAAAUCUUCCCUCACUUUCUCAAACAAGGGAACAAAGUUAACCUUAUACAUUUGCUUAAAUGUAGAGGUUAUGUGUACACCUAAAUAAAAAAAAAGCCUGUCGGAGACCACUUAAAGGGGAAGAAGGGCAAUGUUUUAGGUAUUGAGUUUAGACUCCCUAACAGCAUGGCCUCUGAUUUUGUCAAAAUUUGCUAAAUGAGUCAAUUACAUUAAGUAACGCAGGUACCGAACUCUGUGGAUCUGAAACAAAAAUUAAAACAUAAUCCGCGUAAAGACUUAUUUUAUGAUGGACCCUGUCUACCUGCAAGCCUUGUAUAGUAGGGGCUCUCCUAAUGGCUUCUGACAAUGGUUCAAUAACCAUGGCGAAUAAAAGGGGGGAUAGGGGGCAUCCCUGCCUGGUUCCCUUUAUGUACAGGAAAAUUGUCUGAUCUGAACCCAUUAGCUGGAAUGGCUGCUUUAGGUUUAUUAUACAGGACCUUGAUCCAUUUGAUAAAAUUAUCCCCUAGACCAAAUUUAUUUAGACAGUAAAAUAAGUAUGUCCAUUCGACUCAGUCAAGGCCUUCUCUGCCUCUAAAGAGAGCACUAGACCAUCAGUUUGCUGAUGCUGAAAGACCUGAAACCAGUUUGGUCCUUCUUUAUAAUUUUAGGUAAAAGACUUUCAAAGCGUGUAGCCAGGAUUUUUGCCAAGAUUUUCCGAUCUACAUUAAGAAGGGAUAUGGGCCCAUAAGAGGCACAGGAUUCUGGACCUUUUUUCAAAAUGAGUAAUAUAUUUGCUUCUCUCAAAGUCUGGGGUAAUUAAUUAUUUGAGAAUGCAUUAUUAAACAUAUUAACUAAAGGUUCCACUAACAGUCCAGAGAAUUCUUUGUAAAACUCACAACUGAACCCAUCAGGUCCAGGAGCUUUCCCAUUCUGCAGAGUUCUUAUAGCACUGACCACCUCUUAUCCCGAAAUGGGGAAAUUAAGGAUGAGUUUUAUAUCCGACUGAAUCUGGGAGAAAUCUAGGAGUACUUUAGUUAUAGUCAGAGGGAUGUGCAGGUGGGUAGUACAAAUUCAGUAUAGAAAUAAUUGUACCUUGCAAAACACACUUGACAAUAACAUAUCGACCAUUUUUAUCUUUGAUACAGUCCAAUAUUGAAAAUUGCAAAUGUUUUCUCAUUAAAAUUGCCACUCCUCUAUUUCUGAACGAG